AUGGCACUUAAUGUCUUUAAAAACUUUUUACGGCGUCAAGAUUUCCUCAAAUUCUCUUAUCAAGAUGGUAAGCAUAUUUUACAAACACGCACUCAUCUCUUGGGAAUAGUUAACAGAAAAGCGGAUUAUAGUAUUUAUAUUCCGAAAAAUAUAGAACGCAAAUUGCACUUUGGGAAAUAUAUUCAGAAAAGGUUUUACUCUAUACAGACUGCACAAAACAGUGAUAAUGACUAUUGUAUUGAGAAUAAAAUUACUAUUAUUGGUAGCGAUAUCCCAAAACCUUUAACAGACAUCCAUACUAGUGAUUUUCCUGAUUAUAUCAAAAAAUUUCUUGACCAGCAAGGCUUUAUAAAGCCAACUGUAAUUCAAGCCCAAGGAUGGCCUAUUGCCAUGUCUGGCAAAAAUUUUGUUGGCAUUGCUCAGACAGGCACUGGAAAAACUCUGGCAUAUCUGUUGCCUGCAGUGGUUCAGUUAAAAGAAAAAGAAACACGAAGAGGUAGAGGUCCAAGAGUAUUAGUUCUUGCUCCUACAAGGGAGCUUGCUAGGCAAAUUGAAGAAGUAGCAAAAGAUUUUGAAAAAUUAUUUAAUUUAAGAUGUUUGUGCAUAUAUGGAGGAGUGAGUAGAACAGGUCAGGCUUCAAAAUUAAGUGAAGGAGUGGACAUAUUAAUAGCUACACCAGGUAGAUUAAAUGAUUUUAUUGUCAGCAAAAUUACAAAUCUAAGUAGAUGUAAGUAUGUAGUGUUAGAUGAAGCAGAUAGAAUGCUGGAUAUGGGUUUUGAGCCACAGAUACGUGAAGCUUUAGAGGGGGUACCUUAUGAAAGACAAAUACUGAUGUUUUCUGCGACUUGGCCGACGGAAGUACAAGAACUAGCAAAAGAUUAUCUUGGUGAAUUUGUACAAGUAAAUGUUGGAUCAACUGAAUUAUCAGCAAACCACAACAUCCAACAACAUAUUCAUGUGUGUGAGCAAGAAGAAAAAAUGGAAAAGUUCCAAUCCAUAAUGCAUGAGAUUUCAGGACAAGGAUUCGGUAAAAUACUUGUAUUUACAAAUACAAAGAGAUUUGUUGAUAGCCUAGCUAUAACAUUAAAAAGGAAUGGCUGGCCAGCAGUUGGGAUCCAUGGUGACAAAACCCAGAUGCAGAGAGACAAUGUAAUCAAUAAAUUUAAAAAUGGCAGAACUAAUAUUCUGGUUGCUACUGAUGUUGCUGCUCGAGGUUUAGAUGUUGAUGGUAUCACCCAUGUGAUCAACUAUGAUUUUCCUAACACUUCUGAAGAUUACAUUCAUAGGAUUGGGAGAACAGGUCGCUUGGAGAACAAAGGUGUAGCACACACAAUACUCACUGAUGAAAAUGCACGACAAGCAAAGAGUCUUAUAUCUGUCUUGAAAGAAGCCAAACAGGAUGUUCCAAAAGAAUUACUGCAGUUAGCGCAAGAUUACAAAAAUAUGAAGUUUCAGGAGAAACAAACAAAAUUUGUGCAGAAGACUAAUAGCUGGAAUGCAAAUAAGAAAUGGAAUAAAUUUCGCAGUAAUAAGAGAUAU